CUGCAACGUAAACUCAAGAAUCGUCACAUUGCCAUGAUCAGUAUUGGCGGUGUUAUCGGUACUGGUCUUUUUGUUGGAACCGCAAACUCUCUGAGUUAUGGAGGCCCCAUCGGUCUGUUGCUCGGCUACAUCGUGAUGGGCACCAUCGUCUAUUGCGUUAUGAUUAGUUUGGGAGAAAUGGUUGCUUACCUACCUAUACCUGGUGGUCACAUCAAACUCGCCGAGCGCUUCGUUGACCCUGCGUUCUCUUUUGCUAUGGGUUGGAAUUACUGGUAUGACUGGGCGAUUGGUUCACCUGCUGAAAUUUCUGCUGCUGCAUUAUUGAUCAACUAUUGGAAUUACACUGUCAAUGAUUCAGUAUGGGUCGUCAUAUGCCUUGCCGUUGUUGUCGCCAUUAAUACGCUCGGUGCUGGCGCUUACGGCGAGGCGGAAUUCAUAUUUGCAUCCAUUAAGGUCAUCACAAUCACUGGUCUUAUUAUUCUCGGCAUAAUCAUCGAUUUGGGAGGUGGCCCAAACCGUGACCGCAUUGGAUUCCGCUACUGGAAAAAUCCUGGACCAUUCGUUCAGUAUAAUGGCAUUCAAGGUGCCAAGGGACGAUUCCUUGGCUGGUGGGCUGUUCUGAUCCAGGCUGCUUUCUCGUUCAUUGGAACCGAAAUUGUUGCUAUUGCUGCUGGAGAAGCGAAGAAUCCUCGUCAUACCUUGCCCAAAGCCAUCCGUCGAGUGUACAUCCGUAUAUUACUUUUCUACAUCGGUGGAACACUCAUCAUUGGUCUGCUUGUACCAUCCAACAACCCAUUACUCGUAUUGAACAGUGGAACCGCCCAGUCUCCAUUCGUCAUUGCUAUCGAAACAGCUGGGAUUAAAUUUCUUCCUUCGAUCAUCAAUGCUUGUUUGUUGACCUCGGCAUGGUCCAACUCAUCUAGUUCCUUGUACACUGCAUCUCGUGCGAUUCAUGGUCUUGCAGCCUCAGGAAAUGCUCCCAAGAUCUUCCUUAAAACCACACGCAACGGGUUGCCUUACGUUGCUGUUCUGUUCACAGCCAUUUUCUCCUUUCUUGCCUUCAUGGCUGUGUCCAAGGGUGCGGGCUCAGUGUUUAACUGGUUGUCCAACAUGACAUCCGUCGCUGGCCUUAUGACGUGGUUUGGUAUUUCUGUAACAUACCUCCGCUUCUACAAGGGCAUGCAGGUUCAAGGCAUCGACCGCAAGACGCUCCCUUACUACACAAAUCUCCAGCCAUACGCAGCGUGGUGGGGAGUAGUUUCAACGAUCACCAUCUGUUUCUUCAGCGGAUGGAAUGUCUUCCUCGAAGGUAAUUGGAGUACUGCAACUUUCGUUACCAACUACGUCCUUUUCAUUACCUGGCCAAUCUUGUACUUUGGUGCUCGCCUCUACUAUGGCACCAAGCCCAUUGCUGCAGCGGACAUGGACUUCAAGAGAGAUAUAGCUGAAAUUGUGGCGGACUCGUAUGAGGAACCCCCGCCAAAGAACAAGAUAGAAGCAUUCUGGCAAUGGCUGAUGUAAUUAUACCUGCAAUAAUACCUGGAGAUCGAUUAUCGUCAAAUAUAUCACUGUUUUUUGUAAGCCCUCAAUUGUUCGACAUACCUGGUUGUUCGUUGUAUGUCACUGCCAACUCUACCAAACAUAAUUACCCAGUCUACUUGAUUAUGACCAAAAUGCGACCUUGCCCUUUGUAUCCAGUGAACCUUGCGAAGAAACAAGUUUGGGUUCCAAUUUCUGUCCAUGAAACGAGUGUUUUUAUCGGGUACCUCCGCUGCAGUAAGGUGGUCUGGCGCAGGUCCUGGCGCAUUGACUUGCAGACGGUAGUCCUACGCUGUGUUGCCGUAGUCGGACCUCGAUAGAUAGCCUCCUGCUAC